UUGAAGCUUGGCCGCCAUCAUGAACGACACAGUAACUAUCCGGACCAGGAAGUUCAUGACUAACCGACUACUUCAGCAGAAACAGAUGGUCAUUGAUGUUCUUCACCCCGGAAAGGCAACAGUACCUAAGACAGAAAUUUGGGAAAAACUAGCCAAAAUGUACAAGACCACACCAGAUGUCAUAUUUGUGUUCGGAUUCGGAACCCAUUUUGGUGGUUGCAAGACAACUGGCUUUGGCAUGAUUUAUGAUUCCUUGGAUUAUGCAAAGAAAAAUGAACCCAAACACAGACUUGCAAGACAUGGCCUGUAUGAGAAGAAAAAGACAUCAAGAAAACAGCGGAAGGAACGCAAGAACAGAAUGAAGAAAGUCAGGGGGACUGCAAAAGCCAAUGUUGGUGCUGGCAAAAAGUGA